UUAGAGCUUGCUACAUAUCCCUCCCUCAUAGCUAUUGCCAUGGAGAUUAAUACUUCUUCAUUAUCACCAAACUCACCAUCCCCACCACCACCACCUUCAUCAUCACCUACCCUUUACACUAACCUUAAAACAAUAGCCUCACCUUCAAAGAUCAAACACGCGAUAGUCGAUUUGGCUAUCAACAUCAAAAAAGUCGGAGUUGAUGAUCCAAGAAGGAUUGCCCACUCUUUCAAAGUGGCAUUAGCCAUCACAUUGGUCUCCAUGGUUUAUUAUCUACAACCAUUCUAUAACGGCAUCGGUGAGGCUGGGAUGUGGGCUAUCUUGACCGUCGUUGUAGUUUUUGAGUAUACCGUUGGUGCAACUUUAAGUAAAGGCUUGAAUAGAGGCUUUGCGACUCUACUAGCGGGUGCAUUAGGCGUAGGGGCCGAAGCAUUUGGAAGCUUAUUCGGGCCAACCGUUAAACCGGUUGUUAUUGGCUUCCUUGUUUUCUUCUUAGUUGCUGCCGCCACAUUUUCAAGAUUCAUUCCCCACAUUAAGAAAAAGUACGACUAUGGGGUUCUGAUAUUUAUACUGACCUUUAGUCUGGUUUCAGUAUCGGGUUACCGAGUUGAUACAAUCAUAAAGUUAGCUCACCAACGGCUUUCGACAAUCAUUUUUGGUGGCUUAACUUGUAUAGUCAUCUCCAUGUUUGUAUUCCCGGUGUGGGCUGGUGAAGAUCUUCAUAAACUCAUUGUUACUAAUUUGGAAAAGCUUGCAAGCUUCUUAGAAGGAUUUGGAGAUGAAUACUAUAGAGUUUCUAAAGGUGACAAGUCAUUUCUUGGUGCUUAUAAAAGUGUUCUUAAUUCCAAAGCCACAGAAGAGUCACUGGCAAAUCUUGCAUGGUGGGAAAUAGGACAUGGAAAAUUUCGGUUUUGUCAUCCAUGGAAACAAUACUUGAAGAUUGGUGUUUAUACACGACAAUGUGCUUAUCAUAUUGAAGCUCUUAGCGGUUAUCUCGAUGAACAAUAUCAAGUACCCUCAGAGUUUCAAAUAGCAGUUCAAGAACCAUGCAUGAAAAUGAGCUCAGAAGUAGGAAAAGCUUUAAAAGAAUUAGGAAAUUCAAUGAAGCGAAUGGUGUAUCCUUCAACUUCAUAUGAUCAUAUAGAAAAUUGCAAAAAGGCAGUAGAUGAACUCAAUAUCAAGUUAAAAAUGUCAAUGGUAGUGGAACGGGACGACAUCUUAGAAAGCAUACCCGUUAUCGCAGCCAUUUCGAUACUAGUUGACAUCAUAAAAUGUGUUGAGAAAAUAUCCGAGGCCAUCGAAGAACUUUCUAAACAAGCCCGCUUCAAGAAACCGAAAGACAUAACAUCAGAUGAAACUGAAACUGGAAAACCACACUUUCGUCAUCGUGGUGCAGCUAUAAAGCCCGUUGAUGGCGGAAAUGACCGAGAAUUGAUCACUAUUACAGUCAAUUCAGAUGAUGAAAUCCCACAAGAAAUGGAUCUUGAUAAGAACAAACGAGAAAUUAACCGGUUAUAAGUAUGCCUAUAUGGCUAUAUUAUAUAUAUAUGUGUGUGUAUAUGCAUGCAUGCAUUAUGUAUGUGUGUACUUAUAAUAAUAGUUAGUAAUAACGCGUGACAUAGUUUUUUGCUCAGUAAUAGGAGAUGAUU